AGCGGAGGACUGACUUCCGCAGGCAUGGCUGUCAAGUCCCUGGAAAAUCUCCAGACAACCCUUAACCUCAAGUUCCCUGUUCGCACGCGGCGGGUUCUUAAGAUUGAAAGCCCUCUCUUCUUCGCCCAGGGCGCAUCCCCCACCAGCGCCGUAGUGUCGCCCGGGCGCCCCAGAGAGCGGUAGCCACGGCAGUGUCCCAAUGGAUGGGCAAUAAGCCCCGCUGGCCAUGAAGCCAACGUGCAACCCGCUCGCUGGAUCCCCUUGGUCUAGGGCAGUCUGUGUCCCCCUGCCAUCGGGAGUGAAAUGACCCCAGCUGGUUAGUGUCCUCAGUGCAGGCAGUGCUGGCCACCUGGGCGGGGCUCACCGUCAUCAUCUCCUGCAAGAACGUGGUCUCAGACAGAUUCCUGAUGCUGCAGUUCAGUGGAUUGGCUCCUUGGAAAAUCACCUGAGAUAAGGCACUGGCUUGCCACAGAAUAUGUCUGGUUUUUGAUUCCAUAUAUGAUCUAUGACUUCUAUGCCAUGUACUGCUGCGAACGGUGCCGAACCAAAAGCCAGAAACUCACACGCACCACCAUUAUCCGAAACUUCCUGAUUGAAAACCGCCUUAUGGUCACACAUCACACGGUCAUUCUGUUAUUCCUUGUACCUAUUUCACAGAAGCUCCGAGGAGACCUUGGAGACUUCUUUGUCGGAUGCAUCUUCACAGCAGAAUUGAGUACUCCGUUUGUGUCGCUGGCCAGAAUAAUGAUCCAGCUAAAGCAGCAGCAUACGCUUCUUUACAAGGUCAAUGGAAUCCUCACGGUGACCACCUUUCUGUUCUGCCGGAUCCUUCUGUUCCCAUUCAUGUACUGGUCCUAUGGCCAACAAAAAGGACUAAGCCUGCUCCAAGUGCCAUUUAAUAUCCCUUUACACUGCAACAUGGCCAAUGCCGUCCUCAUCUCUCCCCAGCUCUACUGGUUCUCACUGCUGUGCAAGAAGGCGGCCCGGCUCUUUGACACUGCCAAAGCCAAAAAGGAUGGUUAAUUACUCUCAGGGGUCAGGCACUCACACUAGCUGCCUCAGUAUUCCAAGGACCAAAUCAUGCCUGGGGUAGUCUCUGCCUUCUGGAUGUUGAUAAACCUCUGGAUUUUUGGUCUUCUUUUUUAAAAAUCCCCAUUACCUCCUCCUUCUAACCAGCCUUUUGCAAAAGCACUUUUUGUUUUGUUUUCUGGUGAUAACUUGGAUCCUGUCAAAGCCCCACUGCAGUAGUUUUACCAGCAAGCCUGAGGAGCCUUCCUUGGGCCUGGGAAAGAGUUUUGGGAGGUGAAGCACUGUUCUCCCCUUCCCACCCACUCAGGGCAACACCCGGCAACACCCAUACUGGGUCAGAAGCAAGUGACAACUUGGUUCUUGAAACUGUGUCAUUUUCCAAUACUAGGAAAGACAUCGUGGGUAUGUCUUUUACCGUUUACUAGACAGCCCUUGUCCUUAUCUGUAUAUCAACAAUGAAUUCUCAUGCCUGCUGACUUCUAGUCAGAAGGGCUCACUGACAAUGGGCAGGAGGCAGGGCUGAGAACCUGAAGCACUUGAGUAGGUCAGGAGGCCAGCAGAGGCCAGCAUCUUUGCAGGCUUUGUAUAAAGACCAGUAUCAAACUUGUGAGCUUCUUGAAAGCAGUUACCUACACCAUUUCUCCUUUUUAGCAUGGCCUCUCAUGACCAGUUUUCUGUGUCCACACACACCAAAAACUGGCCUGAAACUCCAGGGACAAGGUGGAGUGAUGGCUUCUAUAGCAGCUUACUGGGUAAUCCCACACUGACACUGCCCUUUCAUACAAAAUGGACACAGACGUCUGCUCUCCAGGUGUCCUGUAGGCCAGUGCUUCCUGCUAAGACAGACCCAUUUCUGUGUUGAAUGUUCUAGCCACAGAAAGCUUGAAAACAGGAGAGAGAAGCCAGACGAGCCAGAGCAUGUCCUGUGGACCAGUGCUGUUUGUUAGCUGUGUGCUGUAGCAUGUGGUGUAGCACAGAUCAUCUCUCACCACAGGCUGGGGUUGAGAGGACCUGCUGCCACUACUUCAGGUGGCAGCAAAAACACUACAGUGCCUUAUAAUUCACUGUCCAUGGACUUCUAAAGGACUGGAUGGUUGCAUCUCAAUUUUUGAGUUUCAGUCUUUAAUAGGUGCCAUUUAAAAAACAUAAAAAAUGCUGUUUUGUGUUUUUUUGUUCUGUUUACUGUAUCCACAAGUCAUCCAUAUAGUAAUUAAAUUGCACUAAAUUCUCUA